GCGAAACAGAGACGCACAGCACUUUUCAUCUCCCUUAAAAAAGCACUUUCCGUCUCUUCUCGUUGCUGGAUCUUCUCGCAGGGGAGGAAAAAGGGCCGGCGAUGGACGGCGGGAAGAAGAGCCGGGACCCGUACAAGCUGCCGCAGGAGCGCAGGGACCGCAAGUCAGGCUCCGGGAUGAGCGGCGACGCCAAGAAGGGCGGCCGUGGCGGCAAGUUCACCUGGGAGGGCGCCGACGGCUACACCGACGAGGAUCUUGACCUCAUCGGCGAUUUUUCGUCAAAAGAGACUACUUGCCGGAUUGAAAUGACAAAAAAGACCACCUCUCAGUCAGAUUGA